AUGGCGCCCUUCCCAUCUGCAACCCGCACCUGGCACUCAACCUCCUAUCCCUCCAUCUCCCCGGCCAAACCCUCUCUCUCCGCAAAAGGAAAGACAGUCCUGAUCACCGGCGGAGGCACAGGAAUUGGCGCCGAAACAGCUCGCUCCUUCGCCGUAGCAGGAGCAUCCAGAAUCGCCCUUCUCGGCCGACGGAUCCAACCACUCCAAGACACCAAAGCCGCCAUCGAGCGGGAGUAUGGCCAGACCACAAAGGUUUUUGUAGUUUCCACCGAUGUUACAAAGAAGACCGAAGUCGAUGCAGCGUUUGAGAAGUUCGCCUCUACCGACACCGACACCACCAAAAUCGACAUCCUCGUCAGCAAUGCCGCAACAACCGGCCCAUUCGAGGGCGUGGAAGACGCAGACGCCACCGAAUUCCUCAACGGGAUAAACACCAACCUCAGCGGCGCACUCUACGUCGCGCAAGCAUUCGCGCGAUUCGCGGUCCCGGACGCAGUCAUCAUCGACGUCAACAGCAACGUCGCGCAUGUGAGCUACGGGCCGCGCUUCGCGUCCUACAGUAUCGCCAAGCUGGCGGUUUUCCGGCUGUGGGAUAUGGUUGGGGUUGCGAAUCCCCGGUGGAGUGUUUUCCAUAUCCAGCCCGGGGUUGUGGAUACGGAUAUGAAUCGUGCUGUGGGUGGGGUUAAGGCGGUGGGGUAUGAGGAUCAUGUUUCUCUCCCCGGCAGUUUCAAUGUGUGGCUUGCGAGUUCUGAGGCGCGGUUCCUAAAGGGGAAGUAUCUGUAUGUGAACUGGGAUGUGGAUGAGUUGAAAGAGAGAUCGAAAGAACUUGAACGGGGGACCGAACUUAGUCUUGGGCUUGUGGGAUGGCCGUUUGAUACUGAGGGUUGGCAGUCCAAGUGGGAUGUUUAA